UUAAUUAAGUUGAAUCCUUUGAACAAAGACAGGAAAAGAAUAGGCAAAAAGUAGUGACAAAAUGUGACAUCCAACAUGUAGUGUCAUGUUGGAGUGGAGUCCCAUUGAAGGAAGUAUCAAUGGAGGAAGGAGAAAAUCUUCUCAACUUGGAACACACUCUUCACAAAUAUGUUGUUGGUCAGAAUGAAGCAAUAAACUCCGUUUGCCGCGCCAUUCGCCGCGCCAGAGUUGGCCUUAGAAACUCGAAAAGUCCCAUAGCCAGCUUCAUCUUCACUGGCCCUUCUGGUGUUGGUAAGACUGAAAUAGCAAAAGCACUUGCUGCUCAUUGUUUUGGCUCUCAAGAUGCCUUGCUUAGGUUUGAUAUGAGUGAAUACAUAGACAGAGCCACCGCAUCGAGAUUGAUCGGAGCACCCCCCGGCUACAUCGGUUUCGACGAAGGUGGGCAACUAACCGAAGCCGUUAGGAACCGGUCGCAUGCCGUGGUGCUCUUCGACGAAAUCGAGAAAGCUCAUUCAGAUGUUUUCAACUUAAUGCUUCAAAUUCUUGAAGAUGGAAGGCUUACAGAUGGAAGGGGUCAAACAGUUGACUUCAAGAGCACACUCAUCAUAAUGACUUGCAACAUUGGUAACAACAUCAUUGUUGAAUCUCAUAAGCAAUUGUGUGAUUCUACUAAUAACAACAAUGAUGAUGAUGAUGAUUCCUUUGAGCAUAGAAAGAGCCUAGUGAUUGAGGAGGUGAAGCAACAUUUUAGACCAGAAUUUCUAAAUAGAGUUGAUGAGAUUAUUGUAUUCAAAACAUUAACAAGAUUCGAAGUUGAACAAAUUGCAAAUCUAAUGCUUGGAGAUGUGAGUCAAAGGUUGAAGGGCAAUAAAGACAUUCACCUUUCUGUGACUUGUAGGUUUAGGGACCGUGUUGUGGAACAUGGGUAUGACCCUAUUUAUGGGGCAAGACCCUUAAGAAGGACAAUUUCAAGAUUGCUGGAGGACACAUUGGCAGAGAAGAUGUUAAUGAAGGAAAUAAGAGAAGGAGAUUCGGUUGUUGUGGACACUAAUAUUGAAGGAAAUGUUGUUGUCCUUAACCAGAAUAGUGCUUUGAGGGAAUGUCUAACUUGUAUUGAUCAUUCAAAUGGGAACAACAAUAAUAAUAAUAGUGUUGGUGAUGAGAAAAGAGAGAAAAUGGUUGGGAUCUCAUGCAAUUUGAUGGGCAAGGUGUUUGACUUGUUGGGACAUCGAAAAAGUCCAUAGCUUAGAAGUAAUUGAAUUGAUUUAAAUUGAUGAGAAAAGAGAGAAAAUGGUUGGGAUCUCAUGCAAACUCUGAGUGUGUUUGGAAUCACACAAUGUUAUAAUGAAGUAAUUGAAUUGAUUCAAAUUGAUGAAUGGUGAGUUACAAAUACAAUUUCAAUAUUUAGAAUAAAUUAUGAAUAUUGAUUAUUGAAUUGAUUUAUCUUUC